AUGCCGCCACCGCCGCCGCUGCUGCUGCUGCCCCUGCUGUGGGGAGGGUCCCUGACUCAGAACUGGGCGAUCCAGCUGGAACUGCAGGGACCCGUGAUGGUGCAGGAGGGCCUGUGCGUCCUGGUCCCGUGCUCCGUUGACUUCUCCGUUUCCUAUGUGUAUUGGUUCCGGAGAGGGGCCAAGAUCAACUCUGAUCACCUAGUGGCCACCAAUAAACCAGGAAAGAAACUGGAGGAGAGGACCCAGGGUCGAUUCUUCCUCCUCGGGAAGCCCUGGUCCAACAACUGCACCCUCCGCAUCAGAGACGUCAACAAGGCAGACAGUGGAACAUACUUCAUUGCAUUGGAGACAUACGGUUAUAUGUACUCAUAUGUAGAUAAGGCAUUCUCUCUGGAGGUGACAGCCCUGACCCAAUCACCUGACGUCCAGAUCCUAGGGACCCUGGAGUCGGGCCACCCCGAGAACCUGACCUGCUCUGUGCCCUGGGCCUGUGUGCAGGGGACACCCCCCAUCUUCUCCUGGAACUCAGCCGCCCUCACCUCCUUGGGCCCCAGGACCCACCUCUCCUCCGUGCUCACCGUCUCCCCAAGACCCCGCGACCACGGCACCAGCCUCACCUGCCAGGUGUUCUUCCCUGCAGUUAACGUGGCUGUCGAGAGGACCAUCCAGCUCAAUGUCUCCUGUGAGUGCCGGGCUGCCACAUCUUCUGUUCCAGAUGCUCCACAGGAUUUGACCAUCAGCGUCUUCCAAGGAGAGAACACAGCCCUCAAGAUCCUGGAAAAUGCUUCAUCUCUUACCAUCCUGGAGGGCCAGUCCCUGUGUCUGCAGUGUGCUGCUGACAGCAAACCCCAUGCGAGUCUGCAAUGGUUCCGGGGAUUCCCAACCCCGAACGCCGCCCCCAUUUCCAACACUGGAUACAUAGAACUGACUCAAGUAGGGACCGGAGAGGAAGGAGUGUUCACGUGCCAGGCUCAAAACCAGCUGGGCUCCCAGCUUGCUCUUCUGAAUCUCUCCAUUCACUGUGAGUUUGGAGGCACCUGGGGCAAGGACUCCAUGGUGUUAGAGAGAGUCAAGAAGACCCAGAGGAAGGAAGCGCCUGGGACAAUGGAAGGCAUGAAUGAUACGAACCUGGUCUUGGAGUCAGUGUUGCGGGGACACAGGCACAAGUUCCAGAGAGUCUUCCCUUCAGACCACCCGGCCUCUGCUGGGGCCGGCCCCAUCUCAGGAGAGGAACCGGAGCUCCACUAUGCCUCUCUGAACUUCCACAAGCUGAAGCUGCAGGAACAAAACAGCACCAGUACUGACUACUCAGAGAUAAAGAUAAUGAGGAGCAGCUAG